ACACUGAUCCGCUGCAGUGAGCUCUCUCCCACAGAAGUGCAGAUACCAACUGUCAUGAAAGAGAAAGUGCUACAAACUCAGGAUGAAUGCCACCCGUGUCCACCAGCAGGGAAGCGGCUCAUCCAGUGCUUCAGAUGUGGAGAACCAUGCAAAGGAGAGGUGCUGCGUGUCCAGACCAGCCACUUCCACAUUAAGUGCUUUACCUGCAAGGUGUGUGGCUGUGACUUGGGUCAAUCAGGCUUCUUCAUGAGGAACGGCGACUACCUCUGUCCGGUCGACUUUCAGAGGCUUCAUGGCACGCUCUGCAACAACUGUGGGGAAUUUGUGGAGGGAGAAGUGGUCACAGUCUUGGGGAAGACUUACCACCCGGCCUGUUUUGUGUGCACCAUUUGCAAACAACCCUUUCCAGCUGGGGAUUGUGUCACCUUCAGUGGUAAAGACUGUCUCUGUCAGCGCUGUAUUAGACCCUUGUCUCCAACUCCAACUAACGACAUAAGCUGUUCUAAUUGCUGCAAUGGCUGUGGCAGAGAGAUCAAGAAUGGCCAGGCUCUGUUAGCCCUGGGUAGCCAGUGGCACCUUGGCUGCUUCAAGUGUAAAGCCUGCAGAAGAAUGCUGAGUGGAGAAUACAUCAGCAAGGAUGGUGUUCCAUACUGUGAGAGGGACUACCAGAUUCAGUUCGGUGUACAAUGUGAAGCAUGUCAGAAGUUCAUAACAGGGAAAGUCCUAGAGGCGGGGGACAAACAUUAUCACCCCGGCUGUGCCAGAUGUAGCCGAUGUGAAAGAAUAUUCACAGAGGGAGAAGAAAUGUAUCUGCAAGGUUCGACAGUGUGGCACCCAGAAUGCAGGAACAGGAGCAGAACUGAGGACAGUUACAGGCCCACUAGAUCCUCAUCUGAGAGCUCCUCUUCCAGACCGGGCUCAUGCACUCCAGGAAGCCCCGGUCGCACUAUCUGUGCAAAAGUAGAUAAUGAGAUCAUUGAUUACCGAGACUUAGCAGCAAUUCCCAGAGUCAAGGCUAUAUAUGAUAUAGAGCAUCCUGAUAUGAUAUCCUAUAAGACUGAGAGUGACAACUCCUCUGCUUUGGACAACAAAGGCAACAAAGAGGACAGGCAGAGCUCUGCAGAGUCACCAGGAAACAUAUCUGAAACCACAGAGGAGAGCUUUGAAAUGCGAAAGUGCAUACCAAAAUCUACAAGCGAUGGUUAUGCACUGUACAAUCGUCGCAGUUACACUCCAACUCUGUCCAGAUCACCGCAACACUUCCAUCGGCCGGGCUUGAUGCUUUCCCCUCCUUUAUUCUCUGGCAACAAAGACACCUGCCCCACUUCCCCUUUAUGUCACCACUUUCUCCCUCCCACCAAAGAACAGGGUUUCAACAUGUACAGAAGGCCCCCGAUUUACAAAAAGCAAGAUGAUCCAAAUUCCUCCACAUCCAAAACAUCCUCUUUGCCUGGAUAUGGCCGCGGUGGCAUCAAUCCGCCAAGGUCAGCUGAUUUCUCCCAGUACAACGGUGACAGAUUCAGAGAUUAUAAGCUCUUCUAUGAUGGUCAACAUCUAUUAACAUGCCUGGAGAGAGGAGUGUCUAUGCCUAAUUUGUUGGAGCCAAAAGUCUACCCAUAUGAAAUGCUGACAAUUAGAAACAGAGGACGAGUGACGCUUCCCAAGGAAAUUGACAGAACAAGACUAGAGCGUCAUCUGUCCCCAGAUUCAUUCUACGAGAUCUUUGGCAUGGAUAUACAAGAAUUUGACAGACUUCCGCUUUGGAAACGUAAUGACAUGAAGAAGAAAGCAGAUCUCUUUUAAAUGCUGCCUCAUGCAUGUUUCUGUUCAUUGUUAAAAUGCUGUACGUGUCAAAUUCUGAUGACUCCUUAUAUUUAUUUCUUUUUAUUUGACACACAAAUUAGAAAUCGUUUGCCUAAGAAAAGGACAAACUAGAUCUUUACAGGGACUCAGUACUAUGUUCCCCUAUUAGUCUUGGUAGACUAUUGUUAUGAAUGAUGAUUGCAUUUAUAAUACCUCAAAGCAGACAUGAAAAUGAGUACUCGGCUUAGUCUUGCUUUAGUCUUGGCUUCAGUAAUAGGCAGGCAUGUCUCCCCAGGAAUUAUGUUCAUAUUGGACGAUUCAGCUGAAUUCAAUUUAUUUGCCCAUUCAUCAUAAAUCCAACAUGUAGUGUGGCAUUUAUUGACCAUGAAGUGAAAAGUAUGGAAGAAAGGGCAAAAAGUAAUGUUUUUUCUUUGUGGUUUUGCAUUGUGUUUCAGACUAUCAUGUUUAUAUUGACUUUUGUGACAUUUAUUAGCGAAGAAGAAGAAGUCUUUAACCUUCCUUCACCCUAACCUAACCUGAACCAAGUGAUCUUUGUACUCCUGGUAUGUUUUCACUCUACUAAUGAGGGCGCCAGAUCAGCAAAAUGCUCAUAUACUGUACUGUUUAGGAAUCAUUGGGCAAAACCUUAGAUUAUAUUCAGUGGCAAAGCUUUUAAGGACAACCAAUGUCUUAAAUAUCUGCGGUUGGCAACUACAAGAUGAUGAGCAAGGUAUAGUCAAGGUAAAGCAUCCACAACAUUUGCAUCUCAAACCUAAAUCAUAGUCAUUUAUCAACCCUCCUGAGAAAAUGUUAAAACAGACUGAAGGAUCAUAAAAUAAAUAUUUCCAUAAGCCUCAGUAAGCAUCAGUGUAAGUUUCUGCAUGCCUACCUUAAAAUAAAGACUUUAGUACACAGGUUGAUAAUAUUUAGGGUG